AUGUUUGCCUCGAACGCGAUCAAACUGUCGCGUUGUGCGAGACAGUUUCCGCGAAGGAACUUCGCCAGACUCGCUCGUACGAGCUUUAAUUACCAAGACCAGGGACAAUCAGUGUCCAGUGUGGUCGUUAAACGUGAUUGGGAUGGGAAAUGGAACAGGUGGAGUGAUUUGGUGUACGGAUUCGGUGCCUUUUGGACUCUCGGUGUCGUUGUGGCGUGGUGUGAUGCCCGAAGGGAGAAGCCUGCUGUGAAAAGGCUUCUAGCUGCUGCCAGGGAUGGCAACGUUUCUGAAAUCAAGGCCGUGCUUGCCAAUGGAUCUGUGGAUCCGAACGAGAGACACAAACUUGGCUGGACUGCUUUGCACGUCGCAGCUAUAAAUGGAGAAGCGGAAGCUGUGUCUGCUUUGCUGAAAGGCGGCGCGGAUCCUGACAUUGGCGAUGACUUUUCGAAUCCAUUCCGAGUUGGCAGAGAAUUAAAAAUGCCGGCUGUCGAAGCCAUGAUUGUACGGGAGAAGGAGUUCUCGGAUUUGCUGAAUGACACGAAAUCGUACAAAAAUUGCACGGCAUUGCAUUACGCCGUUUUGGCCGACUGCGAAAAAUGCGUCGACGUUCUGGUCAAAGCCGGGGCGAAUCCGCUUGAGUUGAAUGCCUUGGGUCAUCGGCCGAUCGAUUAUUCGGUUGCCGACGGAACGAUUCAUGGAAUUUUGGCGCAAGCUGAGAAGGAAUUCACUGCAAAACAGCGCGAGAAGGAGGCGGAAGAAAGACGGAGAUACCCUCUCGAGAGUAGACUGAAAGAAAAGAUUGUUGGACAAGAAGCGGCGAUUGCUUGUGUUGCCGCAGCCAUUCGUCGUAAGGAAAACGGCUGGGUGGAUGAUGAACACCCGCUGGUUUUCUUAUUCCUGGGUUCAUCGGGCAUCGGGAAAACGGAGUUGGCGAAGCAAGUUGCCAAUUAUUUGCACGGCAGGAAGAAGAAGUCGGAAGGGAGCUUCAUUCGCUUGGACAUGUCUGAGUACCAAGAGAAGCACGAAGUCGCAAAACUCAUCGGAGCUCCUCCUGGCAAGUUUCCCUUUUCCAUUACUGUACGUUAUAUUGGUCACGACGAUGGAGGAAAUUUGACGAAGCGUUUGGCACAAUUUCCGAACGCUGUUGUUUUGUUCGACGAAAUCGACAAAGCGCAUCCUGACGUUCUCACUGUUCUACUUCAGUUAUUUGACGAGGGUCGUUUGACUGACGGAAAAGGCAAGACUAUUGAGUGCAAAGAUGCUAUUUUCAUUAUGACUUCCAAUCUGGCGAGCGAUGAAAUAGCGGCUUAUGCUGAGCAAUUGCGACGAGAAAUCAAGGUUAAAAUGAGGGAAAGAUAUGAAAAAAUCGUCUUGGAGAAACCGGCAAUGAAAAAGUUAUCGGAUUUGGAGGAAAGCGAGAAGCGGUUGUCGGAAGAAGUGGUUACGAUAUCGGACGAGUUCAAAGAGCACACCGUCCGCCCGAUUCUCAAGCGUCACUUCCGUCGCGACGAGUUCCUCGGGCGCAUCAACGAGAUGAUCUACUUCCUUCCGUUUUCCCAAUCCGAGCUUAUUGAGCUCACUGAUCGCGAAAUGAUCGCUUGGGCCAAACGGGCCUCGGAUCGUCACGGAAUCACCCUCACAGAUGCUAUUUUCAUUAUGACUUCCAAUCUGGCGAGCGAUGAAAUAGCGGCUUAUGCUGAGCAAUUGCGACGAGAAAUCAAGGUUAAAAUGAGAGAAAGAUAUGAAAAAAUCGUCUUGGAGAAACCGGCAAUGAAAAAGUUAUCGGAUUUGGAGGAAAGCGAGAAGCGGUUGUCGGAAGAAGUGGUUACGAUAUCGGACGAGUUCAAAGAGUACACCUUAUCGGAUUUGGAGGAAAGCGAGAAGCGGUUGUCGGAAGAAGUGGUUACGAUAUCGGACGAGUUCAAAGAGCACACCGUCCGCCCGAUUCUCAAGCGUCACUUCCGUCGCGACGAGUUCCUCGGGCGCAUCAACGAGAUGAUCUACUUCCUUCCGUUUUCCCAAUCCGAGCUUAUUGAGCUCACUGAUCGCGAAAUGAUCGCUUGGGCCAAACGGGCCUCGGAUCGUCACGGAAUCACCCUCACGUGGACACAAGAAGUAUUGACUGCGGUUUCCAAGGGAUAUAAUAUUCACUACGGUGCGAGAUCAAUCAAGCAUGAGGUGGAACGGAAAAUUGUGGGACCCAUUGCGGCAGCCCACGAGCAGAGGAAAAUCACUACGGGUUCGUCUGUGUACGUGUCGGCAGUGUUCGGGGAUGCGAAAGACGCGAGUGUUUCGCCUGCGGAGUUUGUUUUCAAGAUCAAACAACCCGGAAGUUCGGCCUUGGAGUCGUUUGUUCCGGAAAGAAUUUUGGGCAAGAAUUGAGGGCGAUAAACUUUAACGCACGGGUUAUUCGUCUGUUUUCUUAGUAAUACCGGGUACUUCUGUCAAAUAACGCCACGGAUGCAAUUAUUCACCUUCAUUUUCUUUUCUCAGAAAGGAAAAAAGUCUUACGCUGGAUUGUUAGUCCUUUUUUUCACGUUAUUGCCCUUGCCCUUACAAAAUGAAUUGAAAAAAUAACGAAAUAGAAUAUCAACUGCGAGCCAAUAAUGAUUGAGUUCUCCAUGGUUUUUUUCCGAAGUUAAAACAUCGUUUUAAGAGCCA